AGCACACUGGCGCGAAUAAAUAACACCUCCUCUUUCCUCGUCAAAGCACCAAUAACAAACUCUUCCAUUUUCUCUGCCCCAUGACGUUACCAGGGUCCUUACAGGGAGUGUUUAGGUGGUUGCAAUUUUAACAUCAUGGCUUUCUUUGGAGGUAGUGGGGUUUCAGGGCCCACUGGGUUUUCACUUGGUACUUUUGGAGCCAAGACUACUGCUUCAUCUGGUUUCGGCUUUGGUGCUCCUACAACUACGACUGCAGCAUCAGCUUUUGGGGGAGGUUUCAGUGGAUUUGGGACGACAACCACGUCAAGUGGCACUGGUUUUAGCUUCUCUGCUCCAUCCAACACUACUAGUACGGGUGGAUUUGGAGGAUUUGGGGCAACUGCAGCUUCAAGUGGCACUGGUUUCAACUUCCCUGCUGCAGCAAGUACUGGCAGUACAGGUUUAUUUGGAGGAUUUGGGACUACUACCACUUCCGGUAGCACUGGAUUCAGUUUUGCUGCUCCAGCCAACACAGGAAGUACUGGCUUAUUUGGCAAUACUCUGAACAAAGGGUUUGGAUUUGGUACUGGAGCAGGAACAACUUCUGGCUUGGGCACUGGGCUAGGAAGUGGGUUAUCCUUUGGAGGUUUUGGCAGUGUUGGAACGCAACCUCAGCAGAUUUCAUUAGGCAACUUGUUUGGACAAGUUACUCAGGCUCCUUCUCAGCCCAACCAGUUGAUGAACACAGCUAGUGCCCUUUCAGCACCAACUCUACUUGGGGAUGAGCGGGAUGCCAUUCUUGCAAAAUGGAAUCAGUUGCAAGCCUUCUGGGGAACAGGCAAAGGAUACUUCAACAACAACAUCCCUCCUGUUGAGUUCACUCAAGAGAAUGCUUUCUGUAGAUUUAAGGCUGUAGGUUACAGCUGCAUCCCAAAUAGUAAAGAUGAAGAUGGUUUAGUGGCAUUAGUCUUCAACAAGAAAGAGACAGACAUCCGAAGUCACCAGCAGCAACUAGUGGAAUCGCUUCACAAAGUCCUUGGAAGCAGCCAGACCCUCACAGUUAAUGUAGAGGGUGUCAGAGCAAUGCCAGAUGAUCAGACUGAAGUUAUUAUUUAUGUCAUUGAGCGUUCUCCUAAUGGUACAUCAAGAAGAGUACCAGCCACAACUUUGCAGACGUGCUUAGAACAGAGCAAUAUAAAAGGGCAGCUGCUGCAGCUUGGAGUGAUCCUCACAAUUGCAAGGACAGAGCUGUCUCCAACUCAGAUCAAGCAGUUGCUGCAAAACCCGCCUGCUGGUGUUGAUCCAAUUAUUUGGGAACAAGCUAAAGUGGAUAACCCUGACCCUGAUAAAUUACUUCCUGUACCUAUGGUUGGAUUUAAGGAGCUGCUGCGAAGGUUAAAGGUCCAAGACCAGAUGACCAAACAACAUCAAGUUAGACUGGAUAUUAUAUCAGAAGAUAUCAGUGAGUUGCAGAAAAAUCAAGCAACAACUGUGGCAAAAAUUGCUCAGUAUAGGAGAAAACUAAUGGAUCUCUCCCAUCGGGUCUUGCAGGUUUUAAUAAAACAAGAAAUCCAGAGAAAGAGCGGCUAUGCAGUACAGGCAGAUGAGGAGCAGCUGCGUGUGCAGCUGGAAACCAUCCAGUCUGAACUCAAUGCACCAACCCAUUUCAAGGGUCGACUCAAUGAGCUAAUGUCUCAAAUAAGAAUGCAGAAUCAUUUUGGAGCAGUGAAGGUUGAAGAGAGGUACAGUGUAGAUGGAGAUCUGUUGAGAGACAUCAAACAGCAUUUGAAGCAGCAACAGGAGGGACUCAGCCACCUGAUUCUUAUCAUUAAAGAUGAUUUGGAGGACAUUAAAUUAAUUGAGCAAGGCUUAAAUGAAAGCAUGCAUAACAGAGGAAGCAUAUUCAGUUGAAAAGAUAUGUUGCCCUGGGAGUGACAUCGAACAGGCUUUUGAUAGUCUUCCAGAUUACUGUGAAAAAUUCAAAGAACCUUAUGCAUUACUUCAUUUUCUAGUUACCCAGUUAGUCCAACUCAGGGUUAUGAGCUGUUGCUUUAAUAAAGAUAAACUUCUCUAGUUUCACUGAUGUUAAAAUUUCAGACCAGCUUGUGUAUGCUUUGCCGCAACCUUUUUUUUUGCGUGUCCAUUUAUACCCUGCUGUAGUUAUAAAAUACAAGGUGCACAUUUUAUAAUUUCAAGUAAUAAUUGUCCAGUUUGACAACUUAGUGUAAUUUGAGCUGUACAGUUCAUACUACACUUGGUGCAGUUCUUACCAUUUGUGGUCACGUGCACUCUCUGCUCUAAGUUGCUGAUCAUUUUACUUACUAUAAGUUAUUUGUAGUGGAGUUGUUGGAAAGAGGCAAUUGUUAAAAUGUUAACUUAUGUGUACAUUCUUCAUGUUUUUCCAUGGGCGUAACUUGGAAGAUGCAUUUUUUGUCAAGUUGCAAAACUCUGUAUGUAAAAGAUUAUUUUUUUCCUGUUUAAAUUGUCCCUUACUACCACUCAUUUAGAAAUGCAACUUGCUACUGUUUCUCCAUUAUUUUAUGUAAAUGCAAGUUAUGAGCACAGAAUUUGCACUGGCACAUCCUUGUUAACAUAGAUACACAUGUUGCAUACAAACCUUUUAGAUGGGUUCUUGAAAGCUUCUCCUGUUGGCCAUUUACCACUUGGUCUUGUUGAAAUUUCAUAUUGUUUUAAACAUAGUUUGACUUCUAUCAAAAUUUGUAUUUUUGUAUUGUAAUAGUUUGGUAUAAAGAUAUUGCCUACACUUACACAUGUAACAGAAUCAUUGUGUUUAUGCAGGUGCUGCUGUUUUGUUAAAAAAAAAACUGCUUUUGUUGAAAUCUUUCCUAGAAAUAUUUAUUUUUGUUAACACAAGUACACCUCACAUAACAUUAAUGUUUAAGCUGAAACACUGGAUAUACAGCAACAUACCUAUUUGAUAUGGUAAUACUUUUUAAUUAAAGAUGUCCAUUUCAUUGGUGCAUGACAGAGCAGAAACUUGCAUCAUCCAACAAUAUUGAAAAUGGCUGUUUUUUUAUUUCUUGAGAUGUCAAAGGUAUGUAAUUUCCUAAAUAAAAAUUGUGUAAGUACAUAAAAAUGCAUUCACAUAACUUUAAUAGAAAAAGCACAAUUUAUGCUUCUAACGGUACAUGCUUUCUUGAAAUCCGACCAUAAUGUUUGUUGUUUUGUGUACUUUUAAUUAAGCACUCCUGUGUGUGACCAUUAAUAUACCUUAAAAGAUUCUCUUGCAUCAUGGAAUUUUUAAGUAACUUUAUCUAGGGGAAGUAAAGCGUAAGAGCUUGAUUAGAUCCCAGUAAAUAGUGACACAGUCUCAUCAGUCUUGGCUAAAGUUAACAUCAUACUGAACUAGUUUGAAUGUUUGAAGACCAUGAAGUGAAAAAUGCGUGUCUUACCAUGAAGUCAAAAAUGUGUGUCUUUCUAUUAACAUGGAAUAACUUUUGGGACUACUAAUUGUAGUAUUUUCAAGGAUUAACUCUUUUAUCAGUUAAUUUUAGAUGGAAAAUGUAUAAUGGUCUCCAUAUAAAAGCAGCACAUGUUCUUCUUGCUAGGUUACCAUUGUUUCAGAUUUUUAAAUAGUAAACACCCCUGCUUAAUGUAUUGACAUAAAUGCACAUAUACAUGGAUAAAUGUGUGCUGCUAUUAAUACAGUUCCAGUAUACUACUUAGGUAAAUGUAUGCUAUGUUUUUACAAGAUCAGUGUACUGUGAUGAUUAAUGCAUUAUUUUAGUAAGUGUAACAUUGGACUAGCAUGUAAGUGCUAAAUGUCUGUUCUCCAUUAUAUAUAUAUAUAUAUAUAUAUAUAUAUAUAUAUAUAUAUAUAUAUAUAUAUAUAUAUAUGCUCUUAGUGUAUGUAGUUAUUAUAGAAGUCUCUGACACAACCUUUCUAAUGUAGAGUAGAAGCAGUAGCCACUGCUGACCACCCUUCAAAAUGUUUACUGCUCUGCAUCUGUUUUUGGUACAUUGUUAAAAUAACAGCUCUUUUAAAAAUGAUGUGCUCAAUCAUUUCCAUAGUCUGUUGAUCAUAUCUCAUUGUUGGUAGUGCUACAAUAUGCCCUACGAAAUUGUCCAUUAAUGUAUAUUGUCUAUGUUAGACCUAAAUGGGUGCUAAUGGCAUGUAGUAACGUUAACAUCAAUUGUCUGUUUUCUAAAGAAAAUCUCCAUUUUCUUUCUUACACAUUAUCAUACCUUGAAGAUUAGUGAAAAUCCUUACAUCCUGUCGUGACAUAAAGGUUAUACAUCUCUGUA